AUGAGCGACGACGAUGGGGACAACGACGGCAAUGAAGGUAUCCACCAGGGGGAUUCGCAUCAACCAAGGCUAGAGUCUAGAGGUGUGUCCUUCUCAACGCCCCGUGGCAAGAUAUGGCUGAUCCUGGUCAUCAACUUGGCCAUUGUCACCACCUUUAUCUUUAUGAGUUCCACUCGCUUUCCCUCUCUAUCCGGGGACAGCGUUCUAUCGAAUGCGUUAGAGCAACCUACAACAGUCCCCCAAACUGUGUAUCAACCCCUCACGCUAUCAGAAACUCAACCACAAGCUACGAAAGAACCCCAAGUGCAAGAAACAUUUCGACCGGGAAGUUACACUAAAGUGACGAGCACCACCGCUACUGAUGAAGAAGAGCAGCUACUUGACCAAGAUGACACUACCGAGGCCGUAGCAGACGAACCAUUAACCGUGAUUUCAGACGCUGACACCCCGGCAAACAUUGCGGAUCUUAUUUCGCAGAUGAAAGAAUCUCAAGCCCCUUUACCGGAAACUUUAUCACCAGAGCAGCCAGUUGAAGCAAGCCAAAGCUCUCCUACUUCAACAGCAGCGCCGGAGUUUUCAACGGAGAUUGAACCUGCAUCGGUUGAGUCGAAAGCCUUUGUAGAUAACUUGGUAACGUGGCUGACGGCUGACUCGGGAGUAGAAGUGGAGAACCUGGCGGCGUGUUUGGCCUCCUCAGGACACGAUAUCGUGGCUUGUGGCAUCAACAGGUGGAUCAACCAAAUGGCGAGUUCAGACCCCAAUGCUGCCGACGCGACAGCUUUUCGAGCUGCUUCGCCCCAGCAAAAACCUGUGUGGGUGCCAGUGGUGCCAGAUACGCACAACCAGCUCCCAGCUGUGUACUUUUCCUGUCCGAUGAUCUCCGACGCGUUGAGAAUGCACGAGUCCAUGACGCUGUUUUUCGUGCUUUCCCCUGCUCAAAUUGAGCGUGGCGAUUCGUAUGCAGGCCAGAAAUUCUUCGGCAACUCCCCGUACGGGCAGUUCGCUUUGCAUGGGGGCAAGCCCUCGUUCCUCGCCAGCAUGGGCCUGGUCGAGAGCGAGAACAUGGUACCUAUGGGGCAAUUUUCGCUGCUCACCUAUCGUUUAAAUCCAGGUUAUGCUGAAAUCAAAAUGAACGGUGGGGCGUGGGGUGGUGAGUCUCCAGCAGAGGGCGACGCCGACGAGAGACUUCGGAUCACCGUUAACGAUGUCGUGAGCCUGGGUAACUCCAAGAGCGCUUGCGACACAAACGCAUUCCAGGGCAGAAUUGCCGAGAUGCUGAUUUACAACGCGGUGCUGGACGACGCGAAGGUUGAGGCGGUGGAGAAGUACAUCUACGACAAGUGGUGGGGUGACAAGCCGUUCCCAGAGACGGCACCGCCAGCGGCAAAACCCUCAGAACCCGAAUCUACACCACCGGCACCCGAGGAACCUGGCGAAGAAUUACCGACCGAAGCUCCAGCCGCCGCAGACACCGAAGCCCCUGCGCCGACCGAAAACGACCCAGCCACUGCUGAAACGGAGCUUCAACUGGCAACGGAGGAGCCCCAGCAAACAGAGGAGUCCAUGCAGGUGAAAGCCGAUGCCAGCGCCAACACCGCCGUUCCGCAAAACCCGCCUCCGGUGGACGAGUCGGACGCGGGCGUCACGCCCGCGCCCAAGUUCGACCCUCUCGUCAACAUCUUCGAGUGGACGGCGCCGGACAGCAGUGACCCAGCGAAGGCGCAGCAGUGGACGCGGACGGUGAAGGAGAAGGUGGACUACAUCCGCAACUUCCAGCUGGGCGGCUCCGUGCUCCGCGAGCUCAUCCGCCAGUACAAGGACGAGCUCGUGACGCUGCGCGAGCAGCUCUUCGGCUGA